AUGGAGGCCAUUUACAUAAAAGAAUGGGGUGUGGCUCUAAGAAAAAAUAUUUCCAACCAGCCAGAUUUAUCAAAUAAUAUUAUACCAACUCAACUGAUGAUACAAAUAGCAUUCAAAUUAUCUAAAAUAGAUUUAAGCAAUGCAAAAAAGGCAACUAUGUUAAAAAAUGAUGAAUGCAAUAAUAUUGGAAAUAUAAUUGGUGAAUCAUUAUGGCAAUCAUGUGGAAUAAUAAAAGAAAAUUUACCAACUCUGCAAAAUCCACAAUUUCUCACACAUUCUCAGUUCUUUUUUAAUGGACUUAUCACUGCUAUUCAGCAAAAUUAUAUUGAUCUUGGAAAAAAAAAUGACAACAAAAAUGAUAAAGAUUUAGAAUUAUGGUGUAAAAGAAUUUCAAUUCAGAGCAAAACAAUCAACUAUUUGAAAGGAGAUGUUCAUAGGUUAUCUGAAUUUAUAGCAAAACAAGAAUUAUAUACUUCUAAAAUACAAUUCAUAGACCAGCUCUGCAAGGGUUUUGACAAAUUUGACAUUAGAUUUUAA